GUCUUCUGCCGGAACAACAAGGAGGCCGUGGCCCUCUACACCACCCACAUCCUCAAGGGACCCGACGGCCGCGUCCUCUGCCCGGUCCUGCGGCGCUACACCUGCCCCCUCUGCGGGGCCAGCGGCGACAAUGCCCACACCAUCAAGUACUGCCCCCUCUCCAAAAUGCAGGCGGCCAAACAGCUUAAACACGCCCGGACCGCCCUGGGGAAGAAGGGCCGUUAG